AUGGUGAUAACGUCUUCUGAAUCAAUUCCUUUUUUGCCCUUCAACUGCGAUAAUCCUUUGAGUAACACCCCAAUCUAUAUUGCUUACCAUUAUUUUGGGGCAGGCCAUUACGAUGCUACGGAAAGCAUAACCAAUGGUAAGUUGAAGUGAAUGGUAAAUUUAACAGGGAUAAGUCUGUCAACUCAGGGAAUUGCGUUAUGGGCUGCCGUAAAAUCAAAAGUUGUAAAUACCAGUUUGUUAUGGGUGACCAAACUUUUAUCAUCCAUGUCAUGAUCAUAAUAAUGAGUUAUUUUGACGUGUUAUAAGUUUUAUAAUUACUCAAGUGGGGCUAACAAUAGGUUUUAUGUUAAAUAGUUGGUCACGUGAUCGACUUUCUUCAGAAUAUGUUCAAAAGGCGCGAUUGCAACGCCUACCGAGAGUACAAGGAUUUGUAUGGUAGAAACAUUCAACCGUGACUGGGUGGCAAGAGUUUAUUUUCCCAAUCGCCAUUUUCACAUACACCAUAAUGGUUACAAUGGUUUACAAUGGUUAUUCAAAAAUUUGGGAGGUCAACAAGGUGCAAUACGGCGUAUUUAAAAAGGUUGAAUACGAACAUUCCAAUUGUCGUCGGCCGUUUACAAUCGCUACUUUUGAAAUAUACGACUGAAAAUUUGCAGGUUAUGUAAUUUUAAUACGCCUUUUUCAGUUCCUUCUAACACUAGUUUUUCCUAAACGCACUAAGUUUUGUUUUCAGUCAGUUGUUGGCAUAUACAAGAAAACCUGAGACAGACCUCGAUUGGUUGGGCAACCUCGAGACCUAUGAAUACCACUAUAGUCCAUUAAAGCCAUGCUUGUAGUUACACGGCCGGUAAAACGAAAAGGAACAGCAACAAUACUAAACAACCUAACAAUAAUGAUAACAACAAUAAUGAUAAUAAAACCAAUAGCCUGAGUAUUCACCUCUCUCCCUUUUUCGCUUCCAUCUUUCCCCUUUUCCCCAGAAACGCCUGAUACUCAGGCUAUAAAACCAAGUAAUCAACGAUUUUUUUUUUCAGAUCCUAUCGAGGCUGAACUUCAACAUGCUCAGGAACAGGCAGUUUCCCAAAUUUGCUAUUGUGGAAGGAAGGCAAAAUGCAGAAGUGAGGGCUUUUGUGUUUCAACUGAAAAAUCUCGUUGCCCGUGUGUUUCUAACAAAAAAAGUGCCAAGCUCAGUGCAAGUGCCGCAACUGCGACAAUCGCAGUCAGAAUCCCCAAAAGCUGUCAUGCCGGUGUGGAGAAAGCAGGGCUAAAGGACGGAAAACAGGUCAAACCUCUUGCAUAG